CAGCCGGACCGGGACACAGUGCCAGCCUGACCGGGACACAGUGCCAGCCGGACCGGGACACAAUACCAGCCGGACCGGGACACAGUGCCAGCCUGACCGGGACACAGUGCCAGCCGGACCGGGACACAGUGCCAGCCGGACCGGGACACAGUGCCAGCCGGACCGGGACACAGUGCCAGCCUGACCGGGACACAGUGCCAGCCUGACCGGGACACAGUGCCAGCCGGACCGGGACACAGUGCCAGCCUGACCGGGACACAGUGCCAGCCGGACCGGGACACAGUGCCAGCCUGACCGGGACACAGUGCCAGCCGGACCGGGACACAGUGCCAGCCUGACCGGGACACAAUACCAGCCUGACCGGGACAUAAUACCAGCCUGACCGGGACACAAUACCAGCCUGACCGGGACACGAUGCCAGCCUCCUGCACACACCAUGCAUGGACUGCCCGUCUGAGGAGCCAGCGCUGAGCCCGCCGGAGGAUGCCCCUGUGCCGGAUAUAAACGCAUGCCGCCGGCUACUACCCCAAGUGACACCAUGUAUACAGAUGUGAACAGCACCGUAUCCCCUGCCAAUGCCACCGAGCAGGGGGGCUCCAGCAGACCCCCCACCAUCCCGGCCGUCAUGUUUAUCUUCGGGGUGGUGGGUAACCUGAUCGCCAUCAUCGUGCUGUGCAAGUCCCGCAAGGAGCAGAAGGAGACCACCUUCUAUACCCUGGUGUGCGGGCUGGCACUCACCGAUCUGCUGGGCACCUGCCUGGUGAGCCCGGUCACUAUCGCCACCUACAUCCAGAACCGCUGGCCGGGCGGAGACGCGCUGUGUGAAUACAGCUCCUUCAUCCUGCUCUUCUUCGGGUUGUCGGGUCUGAGCAUCAUCUGCGCCAUGUCCAUCGAGCGCUACCUGGCCAUUAACCAUGCCUACUUCUACAACCACUAUGUGGACAAGAAGCUGGCAGGGCUCACCCUGUGUGCCAUCUACGUGUCCAACGUGGUGUUCUGUGCCCUGCCCAGCAUGGGCCUGGGGAGGUCCACCCUGCAGUACCCGUACACCUGGUGCUUCAUAGACUGGCGGACCAACGUGUCCACACACGCCGCCUAUUCGUACAUGUACGCCGGCUUCAGCUCCUUCCUCAUCCUGGUCACCGUGCUGUGUAACGUGCUGGUGUGUGUGGCGCUCAUCCGGAUGCACCGGCAGUUCAUGCGCCGGACCUCGCUGGGCACCGACACCCGGAUCACAGACUUCAGGAGGCGGCGGAGCUUCAGGAGGAUGGCCGGGGCCGAGAUCCAGAUGGUCAUCGUCCUCAUAGGCACCUCGGUGGUCGUGCUCAUCUGCUCCACACCCCUGGUGGUUCGAGUUUUCGUCAACCAGCUUUAUCAACCACCAGUAGAGAAGGACAUGGCAAACAACCUGGAUCUGAAAGCCAUCAGAAUUGCAUCGGUGAACCCCAUCCUUGAUCCGUGGAUUUAUAUCCUCCUGAGAAAGACUGUACUUAGCAAAGUCAUCGAAAAGAUCAAGUGUCUCUUUUGUAGGAUCGGCAGUGGCAGGAGGCCGCACUCUACAGGAAGCUUCAACUGCACCGAUGGAAGAAGAGCCUCCUCGGUCCUUUCAAGUCAUUCUCCUUCCUUUGUAUCCAGAGAGCUCAGAGAAGUUAGUUCCACUUCCCAGACUUUACUCUACCCCCUUGAACUAAGCGAUGGCAGCUUUAGAAGCAGCACAGUUUUACCAAGGUCUACUAUGGCUAUAAACCUCCCGGGAGCUCCAGACAGGACGUUACAUGGUUCUGACCAGUCAGUUUCUUCUCAGGGUCCAGAAUCUGAGCAAGUACUGCUCGUAAAUGAGACUCAGCCUAGACGCGUUAUGCAGAACGGCACCACAUCCAAGGAGAACCCACUUCACGUCACUUUUCCUGAUGAGACAUUGAAUGUAUCAGAAAAAUGUAUAUAGAAACUUCAAGUCGUCUACAUUGCACAUGAUCUUGGUAACUGUGGGGUGACCGAGACACAAUGUCACGUCAAAAAACACGGUGUCGUUGUGGGAACUUCUCUCCAAAAUGUGGUACGUGUCAUCAGAAAUCUGAUGGUGCUUGACAAACAGGAGACCAGAUAUGGUGCGAAGACAGUGGUUUCCACCAAAAUCCUUCUGGUAGACACAGCUGAAUAUUUCAUUGGCACUUUCGAAGAUCAGCUUCACCAUUGGUGGCUGCUCUAGAGGAGAUAAGACGAUCAAUUGUAAGACUCCCGACUCUAUUCACGGACAAACCAGUUUUGUCUCAUAGAUAAUGAAUGUCUAUGUGUCUAGCUAAGCUUUUAACAAAUGUGAAUUUUUAUGGAUGACUAUGUAUGUAUAUGGGAAUUUGUAAUGUAUUUAUUGUCUUCUCCGUGAGAAGGUUUUUAGAUUCUAAUGUCAAGAUAAAAGAAUUAAAAGGCAAUAUCCUCCUUUUUCAAGAAUAUUGCUGGAGAGCUUUUUAAUAAUGUCUUAAAAAAGAAGGCUUUGCACUAAAUUGUGACACUUUUUUGGCAACGUUGAUAUCUAAGGCCAGGGGUGGGGGUUGUGCACGUCAACACUGUAGUACAAUGCCAAUAUAUCUCUUACACCAGAGCGAGUGAGAUCUGAUGUGGGAUCAUUCCAAUGUAAUCCAGUCCUUAAAAGGGUACUCCGCCCCUAGACAUCUUAUCCCAUAUCCAAAGGAUAGGGCAUAAGAUGUCUGAUCUUUAUUUAGUCGGGUUCCGCUCCAGAGGCUCGUGGCAUCACGGUCACGCCCCUCAAUGCAAGUCUAUGGGAGGGGCUGUGAAGGCCGUCACGCCCCUCCCAUAGACUUGCAUUGAGGGGGCAUGGCCGUGAUAUCAUGAACUUCCACCCCACAUUGCCAGUCAUCCGGCACGGAGCGAAGUUUGCUCCGCGCACUGGAUGUCUGGGGUGCCGCAGCCGAGAUCGCCAGCGAUCAAACAUCUUAUUCUCUAUUCUUUGGAUAGGGGAUAAGAUGUUUAGAGGCGGAAUACCCCUUUAACAUGCAUGACCCAUCUUAAUCAUUCUGUUGAAUAUCAAAUGGACGAGGGGCAAGUAGAGACCUUUUUCCCAUGACUUCUUCUGUUUUCUCUUCUUUGAAGACCUCAUGUGGUAGUAAUAAUAGUCUAGAGUCAACCACAUAAUGUUCCAUCAGGAUGAUCAAUCGUUUUUUAAAGGAUUUUUCUAAUUUAGUCAAGCCCUUUUUCUUUGGAUACAUUUAGGGAGGUUGCCAUCACCUAACAAAAAUAUCUUACAAAAAUCACAGUAGAGAUCAAAUAGAAGUCAUGGUAUCCUAACUCAUGGCUCUUGAAGACUUUAGGAAUCUAUUAGAAGCAUCGGACAUCCACCAAUAUCAAUGGUUCCAUACAAUACAUCCAAGUAUAGGUCCUCCCAUGAUCCAAGGCUCUAGGACCAAGCAAGUAGUUUUAGACAAGGAUUAUGGUUGAAAAAUAUAAUCUUGUAUAGAGUCAUAUCCAGAUAAUUUGUCUCUUUAUUUUUUAAAUUGAGAUUAUGUGAAACCACCCACAUCUGUAUAUCAGCCCUAUAUCUGUGGAACUACCACAUUAGGAUAUAGGAUGGUCAAAGUCCCCUCCAAUCUUCAUAUGAUCCACAUCAAAUAAAAAUAAAAAAUCAGGGAAAGACUUUUCAACAAUGGAUGUUGUGCGCAAAUGUGUGUGAAAAUAUUCUUACAUUGAUGGGCAUUGUGCCUGUGUACACAAAAAUGCCUAGAUGUGAUGAUCGGUCUAUUGCUUAUUACUGUGGCUGGAGAUACAAUGGCUCAUAUGUAUUACAGUCAGAGAAUAUCCUAAGCUGCAUUAGUCACUGACAAACAAUGGCGGCAGAGAAACAUCAUGCAACCGGCAUGUAAGAUCACGCAAUGACCACAUGACAUGUACAGAAGUGGUCACAGCAAGAUGUAUCUGCUAUAUAGGAGACUGCCUCUCUAGGCUGCACAGACUGGUCUAGGUUCUUCAAGCAUAAGAAUGAGAAAUCAAACAUGUAAGGGGGGGGGAUGUCCUUAAAAGGGGUACUCCACUGCCCCAGCGUUCAGAACAUUUUGUUCCGAACGCUUGGAGUUGGUGGUGGGGGUCGGAACGUCACAGCCACACUCCUCAUGAUGUCACGUCACGCCCCCUCAAUACAAGUCUAUGGGAGGGGGCGUGACAUCAUGAGGGGUGUGGCCGUGACGUCACAACUCCCGCCGCCCACACCCAGCGUUCUAAAUGAAUGCCGGGUGCUGCACAGAUUGUGGGGGUCCUUCACAUAAGGGAUAAGAUGUCCCGGGGCGGAGUACCCCUUUAAAGCCCAUAUUUUUCCCAUACACCACUAUUAGUUAGGUCACCCCCGAUCCGUCAGCUGACUGCAGAGAACAUUCCACCAUGUGUACAUUCCCUGCCAUCGUGCUGUCCACUCCCAUGUUCAAUUGUAAUGUAAUAGAACCCCAAUGCAAUUCUACAACCGUGCCUAAUGUCGAGUCUGGCCCGAUAUUCCUAGAUCGUUCAUCUGAAGCACUUUUGUGGUUGAUGCAUUUGAUUCAGUCCGUCCAGAAGGAACGUCAUCAUUAAUAGCAUGUUCUGUUGCUUUCCGUGGCCAUGUGAAUUGCUUUACUGUAAUCGCAUUCUGAAUCUGUGUUCGUCAAACCGUUUUAUUGACCAAAAGUUUUGCUUUAUUGGGGUGGCGGAUCACAAUAAAAUGAUGUUGUU